CUGGAGAAAAAUCCUCCGAACCCACCUCGCUCGUUUCUAGAAAGAACCAUCACCUCCAGGCUCCAGCCGAGCCCAGCAGCAGCCAUGUUCUCCGAUCCCAGCGCCUCGUGCCUUCCGCCCAGCUCCGCGACGUGUCCACUCCUCUGAUGGCAGUCCACGCGGCCUACAUGGACGCCAUGGCGAACGGCGCCGCCGAGUCAUCCGCCGAGUCGCCGCCGCCGGCGGCGGAUUCUCCGGUGGCCGCCAGCAGGGCCAAAGGCCGCGGGCUGCGUCGGUGGCGCCGCAUCAAGCGAGAGCACUACAAGGAAGCGUCCCCUCCUACUGGUGGCGGCGCGGCUGACGACGACGACGCGUCGCAGCUCCACAAGCGCCGGCUGCCCCUCGGCGCCGACGCGCCGCCCAAGGGGAAGCACGAGCACGUGGCGGCUCACGUCGAGGGGGAGAGCUCCGCCGCCUCCGUCGAGUCCCGCUUCGUCCCGCUGGUCCCGGCCCCGGCGCCGGCGAAGCUGGACCCGGAUCUCGCCACCGCCGGCUUCUCGGUCGGCGCGGGCGGCGCGGACUCCGACAACAGCGAGGACCGGAGCAGCAAGUCGUCCACCGCCACCAGCGCCCCGCGCCACGACUUCACGCCCUCCCGCCGCGCCCCUGCCGCCUGGCCCGCCUCCCUGCACGGCAAGAAUCACCGCGCCAUGCGCGCCCGAGCAAACCGGCUGCGUGUUUACCCUGCCGAGGCCGACAACUCGCCGUCCAGCGUUGAUUCUGACCGCCGCAGCUCUAAUGCCUUCAAUGGCCGGAGACCAGGUGUCGGCAAUGGCAUUCACAAGGUUCUUUCCGAUGGUGACGACCACAGUGAUGAAGGGCAGCCGAACUUGGAGGUGCGAUCGAUGGCUCGAGGUUACUGCAAGCAGAAUGAUGAGAGUAGUGUGGUAGGGAGAUUGGUCCGGAGAAGUGGCUAUUCUGUUGAUGCUGAUGUUGAGGACACAUUUGAUGAGGGGAGUGUUGGGAAGGGUGAGAACGGAUUAGGGAUGAAUUCCGGUGCUGAUCCAUAUGCCGAAUCCGUUUUGUUACUUCAGAGAACGCAGGAAGCUCUUGAGGAUGAGAUUCAAAACUUUACAAUGGUUGGGAAAGAAUCAAAUGAUGAUUUUGAUGUACAAGAUGAUGGAUGGAGCAACUCGAUCGACCUCAACGAACCUGUUGAAGAAGCAAGUAAAAAGAUAAGGGAUCUUGAGUCCAGGAUGGAAGAUGCAUCAGCACUGAUCAAGGAAAAGGAUUCAAGGAUACUUGAACUGGAAGCUCUUAGCAGGACGCGGGCAUGGAGAAGUGCAAUACAGAGUACCAACCUGCUGUUCCAGCCUGAUCUUGAUCAACUGCUCCAGGAAAAGAUGGAAGCAGAGAUUCAGUGCAUCAUCCUGACAAGAGCUGCUCAAACCUGGACACCCCUGGCCAAGGAUCAAACAGCUCUCUACGAAGAGCAGAAAUCUCUGCUUGGCGAUUACAAGCAGCUUCAACUCAAACUACAGCAUGCGGAGAACCGAGCAACGAUACUAGGAGAGACGGUUGAGAAGCUGGAGGUGCAAUGCAAAGAGCUGUCCGCGAGUUCAGAAAUCUUGCAGCUCCAAUCUAGAGCAAGUACCGUGUCGCUGUUUUGUUUCAUCCAGUCUAUACUGCUGCUUAUUGCCAUAGGAACCUUUCUUGUCCGUCUCUUGUCGUCCUCGACCGAGGUUGUACCUACUUAAGCUUAGAAGAAUAUACCAGGUAAUCCAUGUGUAAACUUGCUUGUAAAAGUUUCCUCUUGAAAUUCUGGCCUUUGAAAAUUUUGUACCAUAAACUCUAUGUUUCUGGUUCUUCAUAGACGUCAGAGUAUCCAUUA